AUGGCCAGGUUCCACUUCCACCUUCUCUUCUUCUUCGUCGUGCUUGCGCUCUCCACCAGCAGCAGCGCCAGCCCAGUGGCCGCUGCGGACGACGUCGAUGACACCCAGCUGCGGCAGGAGGCCAUGAUGCAGGCCCUCGGGGUGGUCGCCCGCUUCGACCUGGCCACCACCGACGCCGAGGCAGUGAGGCAGGUGAAGCGGGCGCUCGCGGUGCUGAACGGUGAGGUCGAGGCCCGCCCCCAGCAGUGGAAGCCCAUCUUCAAGGCCCUCGACAAGGUGAUGGACAGCGGCGCCGACGACCGCAGUAGGGCGAAGGCGUCCGCCGUGCUCAAGGUGCUGCUCGACCGCGAGCUCGGCCCGUGCCCGGACAGCCUCAGAAGGGACCUCGGAAUCGGUGAUCUCUAA